UUACUCAUUUCUAAUUUUAAGACAAUGAUUAAUCUUAUUGCUUAUAAUAGCCCUUUGUUGUUUUUGAGGGGAAUAUAAUAACCCUUUAUUAUUUACUUACUAUAUUAGCAUUUUCAAAACCUUAACUUAGGUCACACCACAUCCUCUUAUAAUUGCCACAAACAAAACAUAACAUACAAAUAUUUACCUCAAUUUGGCUCCAUCUGAAUUUUGUUGUUGCUUCUUCUGCAAUCAACAAUCAAUCUACAUCUGCAGAAGAAGCACACAACACAAAAAUGGGGUAUGUAGAAACAACCUCAUCACAACUACACACCCCUCUUCUUUCUGACCAACCCCCUCUGUCCUCAAAAUCCAAAACCUUUGCAAACCUCUUCAUUGCAAUUGUAGGUGCAGGUGUUCUUGGUCUCCCUUAUACUUUCACGAAAACAGGUUGGAUCAUGGGGUUGCUUAUGCUUUUCUCUGUUUCAUUUCUCAUUUACCACUGCAUGAUGCUCCUUAUAUACACUCGUCGUAGGCUUGAAUCCGUCGUAGGGUUCCCCAAAAUAAAUUCUUUUGGUGAUUUAGGCUAUGCAACAAGUGGCCAUUUUGGAAGAUUGUGCGUUGAUAUCAUGGUUUUUCUUAUGCAAUGUGGUUUUUGUGUUAGCUACCUUAUUUUUAUUUCCACUACUUUGAUACAUCUUAGUCACAAUACAAACUCAUCAUCUUUAUUGGGUUUUUCACCAAAGGUUUUUUUUAUUUGGGCUUGUUUCCCUUUUCAAUUGGGUUUGAAUGCAAUUCCAAGUUUGACACAUUUGGCUCCUUUGAGUAUAUUUGCUGAUGUUGUUGAUCUUGGAGCUAUGGGAGUUGUAAUGGUUGAGGAUGUUUUUGUCUUUUUGGAAAAUAGGCCACCUUUGAAGACUUUUGGUGGUUUAUCUGUUUUUCUAUAUGGUUUAGGUGUGGCUGUUUAUUCUUUUGAAGGAAUAGGAAUGGUUUUGCCUUUGGAAUCAGAAGCAAAAGAUAAAGAUAAAUUUGGUGGAGUUUUGGGUUUGGGAAUGUUCCUAAUUUUUCUAUUGUAUGGAGGUUUUGCUACUUUAGGUUACUUUGCUUUUGGUGAAGCAACUCAAGGGAUUAUUACUACAAAUCUAGGGCAAGGAAUGAUUACUGCUUUGGUACAAUUAGGUCUUUGUGUCAAUCUCUUUUUCACCUUUCCUUUGAUGAUGAAUCCUGUUUAUGAAAUUGUUGAGAGAAGAUUUUGUAAAUCUAAGUAUUGUUUGUGGCUUAGGUGGUUGUUGGUUUUGGUGGUAAGUUUAGUCGCAUUUUUGGUACCUAACUUUGCUGAUUUUUUGUCACUAGUUGGGAGCAGUGUUUGUGUUAUUCUUAGCUUUGUGUUUCCUGCUUUGUUUCACUUCUUGGUUUUUAGAGAUGAAUUGGGUUGGAAAUGUUUGGUUUUUGAUGGAGCAAUUAUGGUGUUUGGGAUUGUUAUUGCAGUGUUGGGAACUUGGUCUUGCCUAAUGGAUAUUUUUUACCCUCAGGCUUGAUUAAACAAUAAAAUCUCUUAAUCAUGGUUUUAAAUUGUUUGCGGCCGCAAUAUAAAGGAUAUUGAGGUCUCUACAAUGACAUCACAACUGCAAUGUUUAUCGAAACCGUAAUUUAAAACCAUGGUCUGGUUAUAAGGUUGAGGAUUUUUUGAUGGAGCUAUUAGUUGAGGUAUUUAUUUGGGUUGAUUGUUAUGUUACCAUAAUAACUUGAUCAUCCUUUGAGGUAGAUCUUGCCCGAAGCUCUUGCCGAGAAGGAUUUAUUACUUGGGUUAUUGAUUAGAUUUCACCAGACAUGUUGCUGAAAUACAAAUUUAAGAAAUUUGAUUGUAACAUGUACAUCAGACAUGUCAUCAAUCUGAAGUGUCGGUGUUAGAAUCUAAGAUGGUCCACAACAACAAACCAACCUAUAGUUUCUUUUGUUGCAUUAUGUUGUUUUUGUAACAGGUGCAAAAUAUUUUUAGUAUUUGUGAUGAGAAAAUGUUAAAAGAAAAAGAUGGUUGAUCUGUUUGAACUUUAUUAUUGCUUUAGUUACUACCUUUUCUUAUUGCACCAUGUGAUAGUGACACAUUUUGCUGACUCUAUAAUAUAACCAAACAACAAAAUAAACUAUUUUUUGGUCCCUUUUUUCAAG